AUGGUGUCGCUGGCUAGCGUAAUCUUCCUUCUUGGAGCAAUCUUUGUCCAUGAAGCAUACGGAGGUCCAACAACAAUGCAGCUUGGUCGUCGACCUUGGUACAAUCCUGACAGCAAUCUUACGGAUCCCACACUGAGGUUCAAACCUAAAUCUGAAUCUGGACACAAACAUCAUGGAUUAAGAAAACGUUCACUUUGGAGUAAAUUGUGGGGUCUUUUGAGUUCACUUGUUGGUAAACCUCUUACCGACCAAGAACGUUCCGAAAGAAUUAAGAGGUUGCAAGAAAAGAUCCACAACAUCAGCGAGUACGGUCAAGGAUACGGUGGUUUUGGUGAGGGCUUUUUUGCGGGCCACCACCCCGACUAUUUCUAUUAUUACGAUUAUUUUAAUAAUCCAAACCCUGAGCUGAGAUAG